AUGGUUUUACAAGUUAGUGUUAGUGUCCACUGUAGUGUUCGUGACCACCAGAGUGUUCGUGACCACCAUAGUGUUCGUGACCACCAGAGUGUUCGUGACCACCAUAGUGUUCGUGACCACCAUAGUGUUCGUGACCACCAGAGUGUUCGUGACCACCAUAGUGUUCGUGACCACCCGAGUGUUCGUGACCACCAGAGUGUUCGUGACCACCAUAGUGUUCGUGACCACCGUAAUAUUCGUGACCACCGUAAUAUUCCUGACCAGAAUAGUGUUCGUGACCACCAUAGUGUUCGUGACCUACAUAGACUUUGUGUUCACCGCAGUUUUCUUGUCCAUUAUAGUGAUCGUGAUCACUGUAUUGUUCGUGUCCACCGCAGUGUUAGUGUCCACCAUAAGGGUCAGUUCGUUGGAAAGGUACAGAAGAUAUUUGCAGCUAUGCCUUUAAGUGACAGUUUUGACUAUGAGAAAGUAAAGGCAGCCAUCCUUACUGUUUAUCAACUGGUUCCUGAGGUUUAUAGGCAAAAGUUUAGACAACUGAGACGAGACCCAAGUCAAACCUUGGUAGAAUUUGUACAAGAAAAAUAUAAUAUGUUUAAUAAAUGUGUUCGUUGUCCAUGCAGAGUUCGUGAUCACCAGAAUGUUCGUGACGACCAUAGUGUUCGUGACCACCGUGGUGUUCAUGACCACCAUGGUGUUCAUGACCACCGUGGUGUUCAUGACCACCGUGGUGUUCAUGACCACCGUGGUGUUCAUGACCACCAUGGUGUUCAUGACCACCGUGGUGUUCAUGACCACCGUGGUGUUCAUGACCACCGUGGUGUUCAUGACCACCGUGGUGUUCAUGACCACCAUGGUGUUCAUGACCACCGGGGUGUUCAUGACCACCGUGGUGUUCAUGACCACCGGGGUGUUCAUGACCACCGUGGUGUUCAUGACCACCGUGGUGUUCAUGACCACCGUGGUGUUCAUGACCACCGUGGUGUUCAUGACCACCGUGGUGUUCAUGACCACCGUGGUGUUCAUGACCACCAUAGUCUUCGUGACCAAUGUAUUGUCUAUGUCCAUCUUAGUCUUCGUGACCACUGUAGUGUUCAUGACCACUGUAGUGUUCGUGACCAUCGUAGUGUUCGUGACCACUGUAGUGUUCGUGACCAUCGUAGUGUUCGUGACCACUGUAGUGUUCGUGACCAUCGUAGUGUUCGUGACCACUGUAGUGUUCGUGACCACUGUAGUGUUCGUGACCACUGUAGUGUUCAUGACCACUGUAGUGUUCGUGACCACUGUAGUGUUCAUGACCACUGUAGUGUUCGUGACCAUCGUAGUGUUCGUGACCACUGUAGUGUUCGUGACCACUGUAGUGUUCUUGACCACUGUAGUGUUCGUGACCAUCGUAGUGUUCAUGACCACUGUAGUGUUCGUGACCAUCGUAGUGUUCGUGACCACUGUAGUGUUCGUGACCACUGUAGUGUUCGUGACCACUGUAGUGUUCGUGACCACUGUAGUGUUCGUGACCACUGUAGUGUUCGUGACCAUCGUAGUGUUCGUGACCACUGUAGUGUUCGUGACCACUGUAGUGUUCGUGACCAUCGUAGUGUUCGUGACCACUGUAGUGUUCGUGACCACUGUAGUGUUCGUGACCAGUGUAGUGUUCGUGACCACUGUAGUGUUCGUGACCAGUGUAGUGUUCGUGACCACUGUAGUGUUUGUGACCACUGUAGUGUUCGUGACCACUGUAGUGUUCGUGACCACUGUAGUGUUCGUGACCACUGUAGUGUUCGUGACCAUCGUAGUGUUCGUGACCACUGUAGUGUUCGUGACCACUGUAGUGUUCGUGACCACUGUAGUGUUCAUGACCACUGUAGUGUUCGUGAUCAUCGCAGUGUUCAUGACCACUGUAGUGUUCGUGAUCAUCGCAGUGUUUGUGACCACUGUAGUGUUCGUGACCACUGUAGUGUUCGUGACCACUGUAGUGUUCGUGACCACUGUAGUGUUCGUGACCAUCGUAGUGUUCGUGACCACUGUAGUGUUCGUGACCACUGUAGUGUUCGUGACCACUGUAGUGUUCGUGACCACUGUAGUGUUCGUGACCACUGUAGUGUUCGUGACCACUGUAGUGUUCGUGACCACUGUAGUGUUCGUGACCACUGUAGUGUUCGUGACCAUCGUAGUGUUCGUGACCACUGUAGUGUUCGUGACCACUGUAGUGUUCGUGACCACUGUAGUGUUCGUGACCACUGUAGUGUUCGUGACCACUGUAGUGUUCGUGACCACUGUAGUGUUCGUGACCACUGUAGUGUUCGUGACCACUGUAGUGUUCGUGACCACUGUAGUGUUCGUGACCAUCGUAGUGUUCGUGACCACUGUAGUGUUCGUGACCACUGUAGUGUUCGUGACCAUCGUAGUGUUCGUGACCACUGUAGUGUUCGUGACCAUCGUAGUGUUCGUGACCACUGUAGUGUUCGUGACCAUCGUAGUGUUCGUGACCACUGUAGUGUUCGUGACCAUCGUAGUGUUCGUGACCACUGUAGUGUUCGUGACCAUCGUAGUUUUCGUGACCACUGUAGUGUUCGUGACCAUCGUAGUGUUCGUGACCAUCGUAGUGUUCGUGACCAUCGUAGUGUUCGUGACCAUCGUAGUGUUCGUGACGACAGUAGUGUUCGUGACCACUGUAGUGUUCGUGACCACUGUAGUGUUCGUGACCAUCGUAGUGUUCGUGACCAUCGUAGUGUUCGUGACCAUAGUAGUGUUCGUGACCACUGUAGUGUUUGUGACCACUGUAGUGUUCGUGACCAUCGUAGUGUUCGUGACCACUGUAGUGUUCGUGACCAUCGUAGUGUUCGUGACCACUGUAGUGUUCGUGACCACUGUAGUGUUCGUGACCACUGUAGUGUUUGUGACCACUGUAGUGUUCGUGACCAUCGUAGUGUUCGUGACGACAGUAGUGUUCGUGACCACUGUAGUGUUCGUGACCACUGUAGUGUUCGUGACCACUGUAGUGUUCGUGACCAUCGUAGUGUUCGUGACCACUGUAGUGUUCGUGACCAUCGUAGUGUUCGUGACCACUGUAGUGUUCGUGACCACUGUAGUGUUCGUGACCACUGUAGUGUUUGUGACCACUGUAGUGUUCGUGACCAUCGUAGUGUUCGUGACCACUGUAGUGUUCGUGACCACUGUAGUGUUCGUGACCAUCGUAGUGUUCGUGACCAUCGUAGUGUUCGUGACCAUAGUAGUGUUCGUGACCACUGUAGUGUUCGUGACCACUGUAGUGUUCGUGACCAUCGUAGUGUUCGUGACCACUGUAGUGUUCGUGACCACUGUAGUGUUCGUGACCACUGUAGUGUUCGUGACCACUGUAGUGUUCGUGCCCACCGUAGUGUUCGUGGCCACUGUAGUGUUCGUGGCCACUGUAGUGUUCGUGACCACUGUAGUGUUCGUGACUACUGUAGUGUUCGUGACCAUCGUAGUGUUCGUGACCAUCGUAGUGUUCGUGACCAUCGUAGUGUUCGUGACCAUCGUAGUGUUCGUGACCACUGUAGAGUUCGUGACCAUCGUAGUGUUCGUGACCACUGUAGUGUUCGUGACCACUGUAGUGUUCGUGGCCACUGUAGUGUUCGUGGCCACUGUAGUGUUCGUGACCACUGUAGUGUUCGUGACCACUGUAGUGUUUGUGACCAUCGUAGUGUUCGUGACCAUCGUAGUGUUCGUGACCACUGUAGUGUUUGUGACCAGUAUGGUGUUCGUGACCAUCGUAGUGUUCGUGACCACUGUAGUGUUCGUGACCAUCGUAGUGUUCGUGACCAUCGUAGUGUUCGUGACCAUCGUAGUGUUCGUGACCAUCGUAGUGUUCGUGACCAUCGUAGUGUUCGUGACCACUGUAGUGUUCGUGACCAUCGUAGUGUUCGUGACCAUCGUAGUGUUCGUGACCAUCGUAGUGUUCGUGACCAUCGUAGUGUUCGUGACCACUGUAGUGUUCGUGACCAUCGUAGUGUUCGUGACCACUGUAGUGUUCGUGACCAUCGUAGUGUUCGUGACCAUCGUAGUGUUAAUGACCAUCGUAGUGUUCGUGACCAUCGUAGUGUUCGUGACCAUCGUAGUGUUAAUGACCAUCGUAGUGUUCGUGACCAUCGUAGUGUUCGUGACCAUCGUAGUGUUCAUGACCACUGUAGUGUUCGUGACCAUCAUAGUGUUCAUGACCAUCGUAGUGUUCGUGACCAUCGUAGUGUUCAUGACCAUCGUAGUGUUCGUGCCCACUGUAGUGUUCAUGACCAUCGUAGUGUUCGUGACCAUCGUAGUGUUCGUGAUCAUCGUAGUGUUCGUGAUCAUCGCAGUGUUCGUGACCACUGUAGUGUUCGUGAUCAUCGCAGUGUUCAUGACCACUGUAGUGUUCGUGACCAUCGUAGUGUUUGUGACCAUCGUAGUGUUUGUGAUCAUCGUAGUGUUCGUGAUCAUCGCAGUGUUCGUGACCACUGUAGUGUUCGUGACCAUCGUAGUGUUCGUGACCACUGUAGUGUUCGUGACCACUGUAGUGUUCGUGACCACUGUAGUGUUUGUGAUCAUCGUAGUGUUCGUGACCAUCGUAGUGUUUGUGACCACUGUAGUGUUCGUGACCACUGUAGUGUUUGUGAUCAUCGUAGUGUUCAUGACCACUGUAGUGUUCGUGACCAUCGUAGUGUUCGUGAUCAUCGUAGUGUUCGUGAUCAUCGCAGUGUUCGUGACCACUGUAGUGCUCGUGAUCAUCACAGUGUUCAUGACCACUGUAGUGUUCGUGACCACUGUAGUGUUCGUGACCAUCGUAGUGUUUGUGACCACUGUAGUGUUCGUGACCACUGUAGUGUUCGUGACCACUGUAGUGUUUGUGAUCAUCGUAGUGUUCGUGACCACUGUAAUGUUCGUGACCAUCGUAGUGUUCGUGAUCAUCGUAGUGUUCGUGAUCAUCGUAGUGUUCGUGAUCAUCGUAGUGUUUGUGCCCACUGUAGUGUUCGUGAUCAUCGCAGUGUUCAUGACCACUGUAGUGUUCGUGACCAUCGUAGUGUUCAUGAUCAUCGUAGUGUUCGUGAUCAUAGCAGAUCAAGCGGCUAA